CCUAUGUACUCUCUCUAGCACCUUACCUAUGUACUCUCUCUAGCACCUUACCUAUGUACUCUUACACACAACUUAGCUAUGCACUGUGAUAGUAAUUAAUGAACUAAAGGGUCUUUGUUCCAAGGAAGUAUACAGACCUGGAGAAUGAAAUCCUCCAUGAUCCUCCUGUACUCCUCCAUACUGAUGCUACUUGGCACCAGUGUCAGCCGGCCACUGGCAGUGGACAUUGUGAAGAACCAGGUCAAGUUCAUGGCACAGACCACAGUGGUGAGGAUACAGAGACUUACGGAUGAGUUCCGAAUAUCUCCUAACAUGGUGUUCAGCGAUCUGGAGCUCAUACCUGAUGUGAGUCUUGACAAGCCGGUUGAAGGUCUGACCACCAUCAUGGACAGCUUGGACACCUUCCAGAUAAUUCUCCUCAACCUACAAAUGGAUGGAGUGAGCCAGGUCCAUGCUGACCUUCUGAGCCUGCAGGGCAUCAUCCAGUCUCUUGCACCAUCAUUGAACUGCUCCUUGCCCAAGUUGAAAAGCAGCAAGCACCUGGACGCCUUCCUGAAGACCAAUGCUGCCUUCCACGUCACCAUUGCCAAUGUAGCUCUCAACAGACUGCAGAAGUUCCUCAACAAGCUGAUCCUAGAUCUGGACCAGCUAAAGACAUGCUGAUAAGAUCGGCUACUGCUUAAAAUAUAUUUAACUUAUUUUAUAUGGGUUUUUAUUAACACCAAAUGCCUCCCUAAAAUAUUUAAGGUAUUUAUGAAUUUAAAUUCCUUUGUACUGUAAUUUUAAUACCUACAUGUUGCACACAUGCACUGAUGGGAUUUUAUGCAACUUGGUAAUAGUUCUCAUGAAACGCAAUGAGCAGCGAAUGUAAUUUGAUACCUUUGUAGAAGCAGUAUUUUACCUGUGCAUUUUAUACUUGGUGAUGCUGCCAAUCGGGAUGCUGCUGUCUUUGUGCUCUGUAGCUCCUGUAGUCCUCCUUUGCUCCUCUGUGGGCAUCACUUCCUGGCAGACAAAUGCGCACAAGCACAGUGAAGUCAGACUGCUUUUAGGGGAAUUUAAGUUUCACAAUACAAGUACUACAAACAGAAUGCAGCUCUGAAUAAAUGAUGAGCUCCAUGAUCUCUUGAUAAAGUGGCCUUACAUUACACCAUUGCUAGAGGACAGCAGUCUCAGACAGCAGUCCCAGUGUUCGCCUCUGCUAUUGGAUGGCCAUCUCAGA